AUGGACGAUAUGGGUGAUCCGCGGCUGGCGGUCCAGCCAGCCCACAACCGCGGCUCGUCGUUCCACGUCACCUACAAGCCGGAGGAGAUACGGCAACUGGUCAAAGAGAUCCAGGAAGAGACUAUUGCAGACGUGCACUUGUCGCUCUUCACCUACUGGAUCUGCGAAAAGAGUGAGAAUUACGAGGAGGCGAGGAAGCAUAUUCGCGAACUGGGACUUGAUCAGAGUUAUCCGAUAAGCCGGAUCAAAAAUGAGCUUCUCCGCAAACUUCUCCAGGAUACUGUCCAUAUCAGGCCAAAUUAUCGGUCCGCAAUUCUAGAGGACGAAGGGGAAGACUGCGCGCUCCUUGACCUGCCGGAAACGCACACCAGGCAGCACUCACGGCGUCUUUCAUUCCUUUCUGCUCUUAGAUCGCUCUCCGGGCCUCCUAGCGCGAAGGCACCAGUUGCAGUGCCUUCAAUGGCUCACGUCAAUGGAGCUUCACCUGCCACGGAACCGAAGGCCAAAACCAUGCCUCGGACAAGACAGGUUUCCACGCCACUCAGGCCGGCAUCUCCCUGGAUACCCAGAACAGAGUCCCUUCGUGCGAGCAUGAGGAGCAAGAAUGCAAGUUCAGCCGCGAGCAUUGCGCAUUCUACCCGUUCAACGGAGCGCAAGUAUCCUCCGGAUACGCCUGACCGUCCUGCGCCCUUGAGUAUCAAAUCUCGCGGAACCGACUCUACUCCUCCUACAGCUCUUCUACGUUCUGUGUCGACACCUAUCCGUUCGCGGCAAGCACCGCUUUCCGCGACUACCUCUAAUGCUAUGUGGGAUUCAACACAGAGAUAUGAGUCCUUGCCGCCAACUAGAGAGAAUUCGGAUGACAUCAUCGGCGGCGUCAAUCCUGGCGCUGGGGACGUGUUUGGCUCCUCCGAUGAAGCGGCCAAUCGUCCCACUCAUUUGUUCUCCAGUGAGGAGAAAGGCGUUGGCUCAUCGGAAUCCGAUCAUGAACAGCAUCGUGGACGCACAGAUUCAGAUAGCAGCUCAGCUUUGGUUGCAUAUCGUACAACUGAGCACAAUGGCUCCGUCCCGCGCUAUGAUAGCAGCUCACUUUUCGGUAAUGAGAGCGAGGACAACAUCGACUUCGACACCAUCCAGGAUGAUGCAUCCGGUUCAGCUGACGAAGUCUCUGUCUUGGAGACGGAUUCUAAUCCCUCCAGCCCGCCGCAAUACCAGUUCGCUUUCCCACUCCCACCGUCUAGCUCCAACAACUUCGUGCCAAAGCCGGCUCCUACCCCAGCCCAGCGUCGUGCCGCCGCUCGGGCCCGCAAUGCAGCUCGACCACCAAACCUUGUAACAGUGAGCGGCUUCCACCGUCCAUUGCCACUGCGCAGCUAUGAGAGCGAGGCCUUCUUGUUCCCUACUACUCGCCUUCAAGGUGGUGAGAAUGCACACCGUCGUAGUACAACGGCAACGAGCCCUAUUCGUGGACGACAUGCCCUACACAUCGGAGGCCUCGACGAGAUGACUCGCCGAAUCGGACCAAGCAACUUUCGAGUUCGGGAACCUUCCAGGAACACUUCCGCUGCCUCAUUUACCAGUUUGCCCCGGAACAGUACCCAAUCAUCGAUGUUACUGUCGCGAACAUUCAUCGAUGCUGAAACUCUUGCUUCGAACCCCCUCGGCGAUGUAUACCGCUCAGUGACAGAGGCGUACAUGCGGGAGUCUCUGGACCGAACUCGCGAACGGGGGGCUCAACUACCUACGGUGCAGCUCGCCUCGCUCCCGCCUUUCGAGAUCACCUGGCGCGACGUUAACGAGCAGCUUCUUGUCGCCAUCUACGGAAGGAAGAACGUCGCGCUGACAGUUGCGGAUGUACACUUCGUCGACCGUAUCGCAAGGGAGAUGAGGGAGGGUGUUGGUACGAUUUCGGGGUACGAAUGGGUUGGUCAGUUGUUUCAGCCCAAUUAG